AUGAUUAAUGAAAUAUUUGAAGUCAAAAAUCACAGUAGUGAUUCUGAUUUUAUUAUAUUAUCGGACGAAAAGACUCGGAAACUACGUGCUAUAGUGGAUAUGUUCCCUAAUUCAGAGAAGGAAGGCUUAGGCUGUACAAAUUUUGUUGAGCACAACAUCGAUACGGGUGAUGCGAAACCCAUAAAACAGCGAUAUUAUCCAAUUUCACCAGCAAAAGAGAAACUAUUGUGUGCCGAAAUUGACAGGAUGCUUUCGUUAGGGGUAAUUGAAGAAUGUCCGCAAUCUGCUUGGUCUUCCCCGGGAGUUUUAAUAGAGAAGCCAGAAAAGGUUAGAUUUUGGGUUGAUAGUAGGAAACUGAAUGCUGUCACAGUUAAGAAGGUUCGCUAA